AUGUCUUUAAAGAGAAGGCUAUCUUCAGAUUUAGAACAGGAGAGUGUCGAUAGAUCAAGUUCUAAGUGUAUAAUAUGUAAUGAGUAUCCUUGCCUGAAUGAAUCUAUUCCGAUUGAAUUAUAUCAAAGUCAUAUGGAUAAUUUACAUGAUAAUAUCUGUAUAAAAUGUAAUGCCAAUUUCAUUAAUGAACAUUUGUUAAGUAUGCAUCUUGAAGAAUCUCAUAAUCCUUUCAAGCAAUUGAAGGAUUUGAAAUGUUUUGAACCAGAUUGUUCAAUCAUUGUUAAUUCUCAUCAGGAGAGAAUUAAACAUUUAAAAUCAGUACAUAAUUAUCCUGAUGAUUAUAAUUUUAAUAUUAUCUAUAAUGGUGUUUAA